AUGAAUAUGAGCCAUCCAACUUGGGACGACAUAUCCAAGGUGAUAUCUGGUAGGUGCUCAAGCCGCCUUGAACAUCAAUUGCAUGGCAUACUGGAUGCCUGGCUCACAUCGCUCUUGAAUCACGCCGUGCAGCUUCACCAAGCCCUUCCUCACCCUUCAGACCAGUCCAUCCAGCAUGGUAUGACGAAGAUAUCGACAUCACGGACUUCGGCCCAUCUCCACUGCAUGAUCGCAUCAGAUUGGUCAAGUGUAGCGUUUGUGGAAGGACAGUUCUCAAAGAUGCCUGGGUAUUUCACACAAGUGAGCAUACAUGCAGGCGCCAUUGGCCUCGUAACCCCAGCUCGACGCGGUACGUUGACAGUGUAGCGAUGAAAUCGACUGCAAACUCCAUACAGAGAACUGUGCUAUCGCUGCAGGCUUGGCAGAGGGCAGAUUAUCUCCGAGUAUUCUGGCUCUGCCUAUCGACAGCCUCAACGCGAGGCGCGGCAGUCUGGAUGGAGGAAGCGGUGAGCAUGACUGGCAAGCUGAGCCUGCAUGAUCUGCCUUCGAAAAUGGUAACGAGCUGUAUCCUUCAUAACAUCCUAGACGCAGAUGUACGCUUGUCACGCAACGGCGCCGGGGGCAAGCCUUUGUCGAAGAAGGCUCAGAAGGAGGCAGAGGCUGCCCAACGUCGGCUUGAGCGCGCCAAGAAGAAGGAGGACAAGCUCAAGAACAAGAGCAAGCGAGUUGGUAAGUUGUUACGCGGACCCUCUUCCGCGUCGAUGUUACGUCUGGGGUACAUGCACUCACAUUUCGGCCUUCACGUAGGAGCUGGGCCCCUCGAUGUGGACAGGCAGUGCGGGGUACCGACAGAGAAAGGCCUAUGCGCUCGUAGCUUGACUUGCAAGACACACAGUAUGAGAGCCAAGCGAGAGGUUCCAGGACGAUCUCAACCAUACGAUGACUUGCUGUUGGAAUGGCAGAAGGCACAUAAUCCCAAUUUUGUAGCAAAAUUGGAAGAGAAGGAGAGGAUGCUGGCUGCAAAUGCCGAAGCGAAAGCAAAAAGAGCAAGGGAAAAGCUCAAGGCAAAGAGAAAGGGCAAUUUAGGCAGAAAGCUCGACGCACAGACUGAUAAAGGCACUGUGCGUGUUUUGAAUGCUGAGGAGGAAGAAGAAGAGGACGAAGAUAUGGACGACGAGCUGGACAGUGUGCUGCAUUCUCUGCGAGAUGCAUCGCGGACCGCAAGCACUCGAGCAUUGCCAAUAAUGGUGCCUGACUUUGCUGGGAUAUAUACCGCGCGACGAAGAAGGCUCAUCAGGUGUCGAGAGCUAUUCAGAACGGCUAUCGGCACUCAACCAAUGCCCUUGCCGAUACCUCCGCCCUUUGCUGUGAAUCACGACAAUACCGUCGCAACACCUAGGAGCCGAGCUCGUAUGAGCGUCAGCCACGGAGCCGGAGGGCCUCUCGUUGGAACACCGAUGCAGAUGCCGGGUGCAAAUUCAGGAGGCAGCAUCCCUAGUUCAGCAGGUUUCUCAGGGCCGCCUCCCAUGGGACCAGGAGCUAUGCCCAUGGCAACUCCUCCGACUGGCGGCAUCCCUUGGAUGCACCACGCAUUCCCUAUUCCACCCAUGCCUGGAAGUGCUGGAAUGGCACCAGGCGCUGGUCAUCCCAACAGCAUGCACCCAAACGGCCCACCUUCGGCAUCAACGGCCCCACCAAACGGCUGGCCUUCUUCACCAAACAGGGCGUUCCCAAUACCUAGCCAAUAG